GGCAUCAAGGACAGCUUGGGCAGGGGUAAAGAAUAUGAGUUUCACAACCCAACCCCAGUUCCUAUGAACCUGGAGAAAAAAAUCAGUGAAGCAAAAGCAAGACACGAGUCCAUCAUAGAAAGCCUGAAGGAAUUAAUAGAACCUAUGACCCUGGACUCCACUUCAGCUGACCCAAACCUCACCUUUUCUCAGGAUCUAAAGAAAGCAAGCUUGUAUGUCAUCGACGGCACAUCGAAUACGCAGGCAAAACCUCGACAAUUCUAUCCUUUUCACUGUGUGAGGGGCUCCCCAGGCCUCUCCUCUGGUCGUGGGGUGUGGCAGGUGAAAAUACAGGGACACCCUGAAAAAGUUGGUAUAGUGGGCGUGGUUGCCGACUUGCCUCGGGGGUCCCAGAUUCAGAACUCUGAGCCAUGCUGCUUGUGGGCAUUGCGGAUCUCGUCCUCUGGAUGUCAGCCAAUCACCAACUGCAGUAUCCAGGAGAAUCUCUCAAUCUGUCUUAGGAAAGUGGGCGUCUAUGUGGAUUAUGAUCGUGGAGAUAUCGUCUUCUAUGAUGCCAUCACUAACAAACACAUCUACACCUUCCAAGCUUCAUUUGACAGACAGGUCUUCCCCCUUUUUGGGCUCCUAAAUGCCCGCAGCUCUAUCAUCCUUGAGCCCCUAGGGCUGCACUCCUAA